GUGAUAACUAAGACUCAGAAGAGAGAUAUUUGACGUUCUUUUUGGGGUGGUAUCAUUUUGAUCGGCGAUAAGAUUAGGGAUUAACGCUGGGCGUGAUUCAACAUGUUAAAUAUAUGUUAAGUUCAUAAAGUCACGGGGUAUAAAGACGGAGUUGACAUUGAUAACCCAAUCCAUUUCGUCCUGAUUAUAAUUACCACAUCACCACAAAAUGAACACGCCACAACAAUCUUCCCGCGGAGGAACUCGCGCUAGAGCACGUGGUCGUGGUGGUGGUGGUGGCGGUAGGGGCCAUUAUAAUAAUCGACAACCUCACUCAUCCCAAGAACAAAUCCCUCGAAUAGCGGUUCUGAGUCCCGGAACACCCGUGUCAAUUGUUCUGAAAAUGGAUCAGGGAGUGGGAGGGAGGUGAGGGGUUUGUGGGGAGUUGCUUACGAGGGGGAUCAUCCGAGGGGGUGAAGGUUAGGUUGAGGGAUGGACGGGUUGGGUGAGUUUUUAGUUUUUUUCGUUGGGGAAAGGGGUUUUAGAGAUGGCAGGGGUUUUGGAAUUUCCGAGUGGCUUUUUAAUGUUUCCUGUUUGGUGAUUGGUGAUUGAUGCGUAUGGAUGAUGGGUUACUAAUGAAGUUUAGGCGCGUCCAAAGAUUAUGUACAGAGGAAGAAGCGGUGGUAGGUGAGGGCGGAAGGAGGGGAUUGGGAGAAAAUGGAGAGGGAGGUGCGAUUAAUGAAGGAGUAGGAAGAGCAGAAGAAAGAAGCAAUACCUUUCAAAACCUACACCGAUUUCCGCAACGACGGAUAUGACGAAUCUUCCGCGGUUAGUACUGCCGGCGCUAGCUUGGAAGAUUAUAUCGUUGUAAAAGGAAAUCAGAAGGGAAAAGGGAAAGGGAAGAAAGGAAGUAAAGUGGUAGAAGAUCUUGAGAAAGUUGAUGGUAAUGAGGGGGAUAAUAGGGACGAAGAAGAUGAAGAGAGGAAGGAUGGAGAUGGAGAGGCAGGGGAGGAGAGAUCAAGUGACCAAAUUUUCAAAUCGGUAUUGAGUAUUUGUCCUGUUUGUGGAGAAUUUGAAGGGGAUGAGGUGGCUGUCGCGCAUCAUGUUAAUGGGCAUUUUGAUUGAAGAGAUGGGUUUUAGAGAGAUGGAUAGAUAGCUCGAAUAAUCAAACAUCAUGUCUGUCUCUCUCCUCUUGAAUUAUUACUGUAGCUGCAUUCAGCUUGAUGAGGAUACUGAUACUAGAU